GUGGGUUUUCUUGCCGUCGCCGGGUGGUGAGCCUGGUAAGUGAUUCUGAUUGUCAGUGACCUCUCCAUAUUUCCCCCUAGGACUUCGGCAGCCGUUAGGAGAAUGGUCCCAGGCCCCUGAAAGAAGCUGCCCUGAAGGGGCCAAAGGUGGCUGUGCGAAAUUUCCUCACUUGGGUCUCUUGGGACCUCGCGCCUCAGCAGCACUCUGACACGCGACGCUCCAGGGGAUUUGUGUUUUCAUUUGUUCAAGGUGAUUUCCCCAAACCAUGGAUCUACUCUUCAGGAUAAGAGGAGGAUUUGAUCUGGCUUUUCAGCUAGCACCUCCUAAAGAAAUGUUUAUCAAGAACGCACUAAGACAGGUGUUGAGUGACCUCACUGCCAGGCUGUCUUCAGAUGCUCUUGUCUUCAGAAUUUGCAACAGCUCUGUGUACCUGUGGCCCAACAGUGACGUCAACACGGGAGAGCUGGCUGACAGCUCUGCCUGUAAAGACCUAGUGCACUUCACUCAAUUUGAUCAGGAAGAAAAUACAAAACGAAAAUUCUUAAAAAAGAAAGACAAAAAGUUAUCUGACACGCAACAAGUAGUAAAUAUAGAUCUCAUGCUGGAAAUAUCGACCUCUCUGAGAGCCGUGGCCCCCAUCAUUGAAAGGGAAAAUGAAGAACACCACUACAUUAAUAUGAACCUGCCAAUCGAUACAGUUCUAUCUGUUGCUCCAGAAGAAACAUGGGGAAAAGUGCGCAAACUUCUAGUGGAUGCAGUUCUUAAACAGCUAGUUGAUGUGGAAAAAUGCAUUUUGAGAUAUAUGAAAGGAACAUCUAUUGUGGUCCCUGAACCAUUGCACUUUCUACUGCCAGGGGAAAAAAAUCUUGUAACAGUUUUAUAUCCAUCAGGAAUUCCAGAUGGUCAACUGCAAGCCUAUAGAAAGGAGUUACAUGAUCUCUUCAAUCUGCCUUAUGACAGACCUUAUUUCAAAAGGGUUAAUGCUUAUCACUUUCCAGAUGAACCAUAUAAAGAUGGCUGCAUUAGAAACCCACAUGCUUAUCUGAGUCCUCCUAAUAUAGACGGUAGUAUGAUUUGUAUGGUCCAGGGCAUCUAUGCUUAUCAUCAUUAUAUGCAGGAUCGGAUAGAUGACAAUGGCUGGGGAUGUGCUUAUAGAUCCCUACAGACUAUCUGCUCAUGGUUCAGACAUCAGGGUUACACUGAGAGGUCCAUUCCAACACACAGAGAAAUUCAGCAGGCUCUAGUUGAUGCCGGUGACAAACCAGCAACAUUCGUUGGAUCACGGCAGUGGAUUGGAUCUAUUGAAGUACAGCUGGUACUAAACCAACUGAUUGGUGUAACUUCGAAAAUAUUGUUUGUCAGCCAGGGUUCAGAAAUGGCCUCUCAAGGACGGGAACUGGCCAACCAUUUCCAGAAUGUUGGCACUCCAGUCAUGAUUGGGGGAGGAGUGUUGGCUCACACAAUACUAGGAGUCACAUGGAAUGAAACUACAGGACAGAUAAAAUAUCUAAUUCUAGACCCACAUUAUACAGGUGCUGAAGAUCUACAAGUUAUCUUGGAAAAGGGCUGGUGUGGAUGGAAGAGCCCAGACUUUUGGAACAAGGAUGCAUACUAUAAUUUAUGCCUUCCUCAGCGACCAAAUGCAAUUUAAAUUAUCUUGAAGUCAAGACUAUAAAAAUAAAAGAGCUGUUCUAAUGUUAAUAAAAGCAUAAUUUAAAAUUGCA